GACACCAAAAUGAAAAAACAAACAAACUCAUUAGAAAAAACCAUUAUAGAUUAAUUAAGACGUUGGACGACAUGGAGAUGACGCGAGAGUCCGGGUCGGUGUCGGAAAGAGGAGAAGGAUCAACAACAACAAGACAAGCAGUGUCCAAAUUCGAACUCACAGUGGACGAGACCAUCGAACAACACAUCGGCUCUCUUGGCUUUGCGCAGAUAGUUCAUGCCCUUUUGGUCUCAAUCGCUUGGAUUUUCGAUGCUCAGACCACUCUGAUCUCAAUAUUCUCUGACGCACAGCCCGCCGCUAGGUUAAUCUCGGGGCACAGCAUUGGAAAACGCAACCUCGAGACCUCAGCUUUAUGCGGAUUGGAUGUCGGAGAAUGGGAAUGGAUUGGCGGAAAGAGAAGCUCCAUUGUCUCGGAGUGGAACCUCAUUUGCGACCAUAAGUUUCUUGCUGCCCUUCCCGCUUCACUCUUCUUCAUCGGCUCGCUUUUUGGGUCUGGUGUCUAUGGAUAUCUUGCGGAUUCAUGCCUCGGACGGAAAAAGACCCUCCUCCUCUCGUGCCUCCUAACGUUCGUGACGUCCUUAGCCAUCUCCUUCUCGCCCAACGUUUGGGUUUACGCCUUUCUCCGCUGCGCAAACGGCUUUUUCAGAUCGGGAAUCGGUUCCUGCUGCAUCGUUCUGGCCACCGAAGUGGUCGGAAGAAAAUGGAGAGGCCAAGUCGGCCAAUACGGUUUCUUCUUUUUCACGGUAGGGUUUCUCUCUCUGCCUCUCUUCGCUUACUUGGAGAAGGCAUCAUGGAGAAAUCUCUACCGAAUCAUGGCGUUUCAGCCGCUCGUUUACGCCGUUCUGCUUCUACCUUUCGCCUUCGAAUCCCCGAGGUGGCUUCUCGUCAAGGGUUACAACAAGGAAGCUUUAGAAACGUUGAGGAAACUCGCCAGAUUCAACGGUAGGCAGAUUCCGGCGGAUCUCUGCCUCGUCGAUCCGAUUCCGGCGAACGAUCAGACGCAGCCCGAGAAGCUGUGGAAGACGAGAUGGGCGGUGAAAAGGGUCGUAAUGGUAAUGCUUGUCGGGUUUGGAACCGGUUUCGUCUACUACGGAAUCCAACUUAACUCGGAGAAUCUCGACUUCAAUCUGUAUCUAACAGUUGCAGUCAACGCUCUUAUGGAGAUUCCGGCGGUUUUCAUCGGUAGUAUCCUCCUCGGGAUAAUGAAUCGCCGUCCGCUAUUCUCCAAUUCGUCGUACCUCGCAGGAGUUUCUUGUGUUCUCUGCGCCGUUCUCUCUCUGCCACGCGUUAUAAACGCAAACGCUGUUUCGAAGUACCUGCAGCUUGCGGCUGAAGCGGUAGGUUUCAUGGCGUCUUCGACCGCUUAUGACGUUUUGUACGUUUACUGCGUCGAGUUGUUCCCAACAAACGUGAGGAAUUUGGCGGUUUCAUUUCUGCGUCAGGCGUUUAUGUUAGGGGCGUCUGCGGCGCCGCUGCUAGUCGCUUUGGGGAGGGUGAGUCCGUUGAUGUCUUUCAUUGUUUUUGCCGUCGCGUCUGUGUUGAGCGGCGUUUUGAGCCUCUGGCUUCGCGAAACGUGGAACGCUCCUCUGUACGACACACUGAAGCAACAAGAGAAAGAGGAGAAUCUGGAACGCGGGGGCCAAACGCGACUUGCGACCACAACAAGUGGUUAAAUAUGCACGAUGGCUUGCUAUCUAGCGUCGUUGUGAAUAUAAUUAUGCGUGUAAUAAUUGGAACAUGUACAAGAUGUUUGAUUUCCCAUGAAAAUGAUUGAACCGUUUGUUUUUUU